AUCAGCAAGUACAUCAGUAAGAAGCUUACUUUUCGCCGCGAUCGUCUCAAUGCUGUAUCUAGCAUUGCGCGUCUGAUCAGCAGAUCCCUCGACGAAAUCUUUCGCCCAAAGGAGUACCUCGCAGAGUUGUGGUUCGAGCCAGACCUCAACAAUUGCUGGAAAAUGAAGGACCCUACCGAGACUUUCAACGAAAUGAUGAAAGUGCUGAAAUCAGAAGAAACCUACUGCGCACCAUCAUGGAGCUGGGCUUCC